AUGGCGUCCUUCCAGCAGCAGAAGGCGCAGCGGCUGGCGCGGGCGGACGAAGGUGCCGCCGCUGUCGUGCAACUGCUGAACGGGAGGGCCCCGUUCUGCACCACCAGCUCCUGCUCGGGCCGCCUCGUCCUGGACACAGACAGCUGUGAGAUCCAGAAGAAAGACUGCAGGUGGCUCAUGGUGACACAUGAAACGUGUGCCAAAGACGCCGUGCUGGCAGCUCUAGAGAAGUCCACUGGUGAUGUCGUCCUCAAGUUUGAACCGUUUGUUCUUCACGUGCUGUGUCAAGAGCUAGAGGACGCCCAGCUCCUGCACUCAGUGGCGAUCAAUUCUGGGUUCAGGAACUCUGGCAUUACAGUUGGCAGAGGAGGAAAAGUUAUGAUGGCUGUCCAGAGCACUCAUUGCUUAGAAGUUCCACUGACCCACAAGGGGAAAUUGAUGGUCUCUGAAGAAUACAUUGAAUUUCUGGUGCACAUAGCUAAUGGGAAGAUGGAAGAAAACACAAGGAGGAUUGACAGGUUCUACAAAGGCUUAGUAUUCGCUUUGGAAACAGGCACCAGUGUCAGCAGCUCUGCUGAAGGGAAGAAGAAGAGUCACUCCAUCUACCUUCACAGGAGGAAGAGGAGGACUGCCCCAGAACAGGAUGUCCACACACCUCCAGAGGACCACAGCGAGGACUUGAGGCCUGAGGAGGACACAGAAAGCAGUCUUGAUAUUUUUGCUGAAAUCCUGACAUAG